GAACUUUCAGUUUCGUUUCUUGUUCCUGAUUUUAGCGAUGGCGGCUGCUGAUCUGAGAGACGAGCUGAGCUGCUCCAUCUGCCUGAGCAUUUAUACUGAUCCGGUAUCCCUGCCCUGUGGCCAUAACUUCUGCCGGGGCUGCAUUGGGAGAACAUGGGACACCCAGGAAGGAUCUGGGGGUUAUUCCUGCCCUGAAUGCAGAGCUGAGUAUCAGGAGCGCCCUUCCCUGUACAGGAACAGAGCUCUGGGGAACAUAGCAGAGAGGUUCCGUCCGACUGAGACAGAGCCGGGGGAGACUGGGAUUCCCUGCUCCUACUGUGACUCCCCUGUACCUGCUGCCAAAUCCUGUCUGCACUGUGAGGCUUCAUUUUGUAAUAAGCACCUGAGGGGGCACUGCCAGUCAGCAGAACAUGUACUCACUGAGCCCACCGCUUCCUUUAUGGGGAGAAAAUGUUCUGUACAUCACAAGGUUCUGGAGUAUCACUGCUGUGAGGACUCUGUCUGUAUCUGUGUGUAUUGCUGCCUGGCCGGGGGGCACCGGGGCCACAGGGUGGAGCUGCUGAGUGAGGCCUCUGAGAAGAAGAAAGAGAAACUGAGGAAAGUUCUGGAGAAACUGAGCCCAGAGAGAGAGGAGACUGAGAGAGGAGCCCAGAGGCUGCAGGAGCGCAGGAGAGAAGUGGCAGAAGUGGCAGCUGGUGAGACAGAGAGAGUCACUGCCCUGUUUAGGGGCAUCAAGGAACAGCUGGAAGCCCUAGAGAAGCGACUCCUGAGUGACAUCUCCAGGCAGAAAGAGAAGCUUUCCCUCAAACUCACUGAGCUGAUCCAACAGCUGGAAAUAAAGAAGGACGAGCUGUCCAGGAAGAUCCGUCACAUUGAGGAGCUGUGCAACAUGGCAGAUCCACUCACUGUCCUACAGGAACAAUGGGAAUCCCAUGGAGCUGUCUUUUGUGGGGCUGAGGGGGCAGAUAAUGAGGGCAGAGAGAGAGAGGGUACUGAAGGGGCAGAUAAUGAGGGCAGGGAGAGAGAGGGUAUAAAGGUCCCGGCUGUAGGGGAUCUGGAUGUGGGUCGGAUCUCAGAGACAUUACUCACAGGCUUAGUUGGGAUUCUGACUGGGGUAAAUGGAAGGUUCCCUGGGCAGGAGGCUACAGAGCUGGUACUUGAUAUAAACACAGCUGGGAAUGAUGUAUCUGUAUCAGGGGACAGGAAAUCUGCUUCCUACUCACAUACAGACCAGCGUCGCCCAAAAACCCCAGAGAGAUUUAAGUCUGAUGCUCAGGCUUUAAGCACCAGGAGUUUCCCCUCAGGGCGACAUUACUGGGAAGUGGAGGGCAGUGAAUCAGCAGAGUGGAUGAUAGGGGUGGCCUAUCCCAGUAUAGAGAGGGGAGGGGGUCAGUCUUGCAUUGGGAAUAAUAAUAAGUCCUGGUGUUUGUACAGAUGGAAUAAUAACUAUACAGUGAUACAUGACAGGGAAGAAACAGAGUUACCCCACGUCCCUUCCUGCAGGAGAAUCAGGAUCUCAUUGGACUAUAAGGCUGGAUGUCUGUCCUUUUAUGAGCUGAGUGAGCCAAUCAGGCACUUACACACCUUCACUGCCUCCUUCACUGAGCCCCUUCAUGCUGCAUUCUGGGUAGGGUGGGAUGCAUGGGUGAGAAUCAUUAGUUAGGGCCCUGCCCACUGCCCAGCAGGAACCCCAUUCCCAGAGCUGCCCUUAGCCCUGUGAUGCCAUUAAUUGAAGGAAGUGCAGGAGCCAUUUAUGUUGAGCAGUGCCCCCUGGCAUUGACUGGGCAGCCUUUUAAACUAAGGGACCCCCAGAAUUAAAUGUAUUGCUUAUAACACUUUAAAAUAUUUUCCACAUAUAUGUGUGUAUAUGUGUGUUUAUUCUGAGCCGCUGACUGGACUGUUUGUAAGUUAAUCAUUUUGUUAGUCGGAGAGAUGGAGGCAGAAAACGUUUUAUAUAAAUAUGGGACAUUUAGUCAGGGGCUAUGAGCAAACUCACUGGAAAUGUCAGCGCAACAGACUGGCCUAGGGGGAAAUGAAUGUUAGGUCUGGCUCUUAUUGCCAGCUCACAGUUCCUGGAUAUUUAUUUCCCAGUUAGAGAAAAAAAUCCAGUCCCAAAAUCUCAUCCGUGCUCUGUUCAUUUCAGUCAUGUUAGAGCCAGAUGAACUUCCUAUACGUAAUCACUUCAAAUUUCUUUCCCAUUUCUGAAAUAAUCAUGUUACUCUUCAGUAUCCACCUCAGCAAUCUGUUUGUCUAUAGGCCGCUUUCUGUCAGUUGCUGACAGUGUAAGAAAUAAGCCAUCAUGUGUAAGCCAUCAUAAAAAUUACUUUUAUAUGUAUUUAAUAAUCUAAGUUAAAAUAUAACAUCACUGACCAAGAGACAGAUGAAUAAGACCUGUUUGGGCAGAGAGUUGUCAAAAACACUGAUAACAACUGGAGAUCAACUCUUAGAUCAAAAGGGUUGUUUAGUAUAAACAACAGAUUCUGGGGAAAUAGCCAGAAGCAUCAGAGUAACCAGGUUAAACAGUUUGCCCUAAGGCAAUGGAGAUGUGACGUAACUAUGAUAUCAUCAUAAUGUGUAAACGAAGGCUGACUAUAUAUUAUGCAAAGAGCUGGUCAUAAAAUAUGGUAUGAGAUCGAGCGAUUAUGGAUCAAAAGCCUUCCUUUGCAUAUUGUGCGGGAAACAUUUGUUACUAAAACAAGAAACUUGGAUCCACUCGGGUUUCUGUUUCACCUGUUUAACCAGAUGUUUUUGUGGGGGUUGAGGCUCUAAACAGUAUAAAAAGUGAGACCAAAAUGCAGUCUGGGGUUCUGUUUUGGGGAACCGGCCUCUGUGUGCCGGGGUCUCUCUCUAACCAGGAACUCUGCCACCGAGAGACUGACUUACUGUCCCAGGAUUGGGAAAUAUUCUCCUGUCUUUUUGUCUCUGAUGGUUUUAGUAUUGUGUCUUUGGAAUUGUAUUUAUGUAUUAGGUUUUUGCUGUUUGUAUUAUUUUGAUUAUAGUCUUUGACAGAUGUAUUUGUUGGUUGAAGACUGUAAAUGUCGUUAGUGAUUAUAAUCUAGGUUUGUUUUGCUGGUUGUUUUGGGUAUUUACGGUUUACAAUCUGUGAUUAUUAUUUUUGUAUAGAAUUGUUUUUACGCUUUUCCCUUUUGUAAGGGUGUGUAAUUGUAGCCCACUUUAUGAUUAGAGGUGGCACUACCUGCUGAUAUGUUACUAUACUUGGCGCUUU